CUCCGAGUCUUCGCAGUCAUUGCGCUGUCUCGACGACCACUCAUUCGCUCGACUAGGCCACUAGAUCAUUGCUAUAGUGGAGUGUUUCUCCCUCUUUUCUACACUGAUGUGUCCGUCAAGUGGCUCGCGACGAUACUGUGCGAGGAACGGGAUUGUAUGGGCUCUUUGAAGUCGUCUGUGGUGCAGAGGCGACGGGUGAAUUUGCGAUUGUUUGAAUCCACCUGUGUAUCCCAAAUGCCAUUCCGUCCGUGUUCCAACGAUGAAACACGCACGCCGCUUUUCUUGCGCAGCCCGCUUACAGAGAACUCGACGCUGGAAGCAUUCAAGGCGGGAGAUACAACUGGCCGACUUUUCUUGGAAUGA